AUGUCUGGAGCAGCUGGAAAAGUGGUCAAAAAGUUACCAGAAGUAAUAGUAAGUGGUAUACAACCGACCGGAUCACUUCACAUUGGAAAUUACCUCGGAUUCGUGAAGAACUUUGUCAAACUCCAAAAUGUAAGUUGAGUUUUUCUCAAAAUUUAAUGAAUUAUUCGUUUAGGCUAAUCCAGACGCUCAAAAGUACUUGAUGGUGGUUGAUUUACAUUCGAAUUCUGUCGUUCCUAUCCAUAAAGAUGUAAGUCGUUGCGGUGCUUGUUGUUUAUAUUGUUUUAGUUCCGAAAACAAUGUAGAAAGCUAGUGGCAUCGUUGAUUGCAUGUGGAAUAGAUCCAAAUGAUACUCGACUAUUUUAUCAGAGUCAAGUGCCUGAACACUCUGAAUUGGCGUGGCAUCUGGGGUCGAUCGUGACUAUCAACAGGUUAUCUAAAUUACCUCAGUUUAAGGAAAAGAGUAAUGAGUAAGUCUAUACUUAUUUUAAAGGAUAAAACAUAGGAUCACAAUUUUUUUGAAAUUAUCUUACAAUUGAUGUUUCUAAUUUCUGACUAGAGUUAUAUUUAACUUACUUUUGUUCACUUUAUUUUACGUUAGCUUAUAUAGCGGUAAUAUGUUUCUUAUUCAUUCUUUACAGUAAUUUAGAUGGAGUUUCGCCAAAUUUGCUAACUUAUCCGGUCUUACAAGCCGCUGACAUACUGUUGUAUAAAUGCACCAAGAUACCAGUGGGCGAGGAUCAGGUGAUGCACGUCCAUCUUACCUAUCACAUAAUCGAGACGAUAAAGGGUUUAUUCAAGAAACAAUGUUUUCCGACACCAGAACUGGUGAGUCAUUUGAAAGUAAUCUAGAAAAAAGUAUAGUUGUUAUUGUUCUAAGUAUUCACUGAUUGCACAAGCUGAUUUAACUGGUGACUCAUUUGACAGAUAUUAUCCAAGAGUUCAAGAAUUAAGAGUUUAUCUGAUCCUACCAAAAAGAUGAGCAAGUCGGACCCAAAUCAACAUGCUACAGUUUUUGUAGAGGAUACUGAGGCUCAAGUGUUAAAGAAAGUGAAAAAGGCCGUUACUGAUAGUACUGGAGCGAAUGUAACAUACGAUAAAGUCAACCGGGCUGGAAUUUGUAAUUUGGUGAGGCCAGGUUGCAGUACCGUGUUUUUAUUGUAUAUUAUUCUAAUUUCUGAAGGUUUUUGUGGAGUUUAAAAGUUGUAUUGUUUAUUUUCCUUUGCUUUUUAAUUGAAAAAUAGCAAAUUUUAAUAUUUUAUUGUUUUAGCUGGAAAUCUUGGCUGAAAUUGAAGAAAAAUCAGUAGAACAAGUUACUCAAGAAUGCUCUGAUCUCAACUCUUUGGGUUUGAAGUUGAAAUUGGCUUCUGAAAUUACAAAAACCUUCUCUCCAAUUCAAGAAAGAUUGAAAGAAAUUGAGGCGGACCAAGAGUUCUUGGACAAUAUUUUAAUAAGAAAUGCGGAUAUAGCACGAGAAACAGCGGUGAAAACACUAAGGGAGUUUAAGAACAUGAUUGGGUAUGAUCAACCGAUAUCACGAUAA